CGAGGGACCGUCUGUCGCGGGACAGGCUGGCCAGCUCAGGCGCGGAGCUGGGAGGAGGAGGCACUGGCAGCGGCGGAGGCGUCAGUGCUCGGAGAAGCAGCAGCAGCAGCCGAAACAAGUACCAGCCACACAGCGGCUCGUCUGGCCCGAGCAGCCACAGUCCCCUAGCCGCGAUGGCGCUGCAAAGCCCAGCUAGCGAGGAAGCCAAAGGGCCGUGGAAGGAGGCAGAUCAGGAACAGCAAGAGCCAGUAGGGAGUCCGGAGCCUGAGCCUGAGCCUGAGCUGGAGCCAGAGCCGGAGCCGGAGCCGGAGCCGGAGCCGGAGCCCAUGCCAGUGCCCCAGCCCGAGCCCCAGCCUGAGCCCCAGCCGCAGCCUCAACCCCUGCCGGACCCCGCACCUCUGCCGGAGCUGGGGUUUGAGCCUGAGCCGGCGCAAGAACCCGAGCCCACGCCCACCGUGGAGACUCGCGGCACCGCGCGUGGCUUCCAACCUCCCGAAGGUGGCUUCGGCUGGAUGGUGGUGUUCGCGGCUACCUGGUGCAACGGCUCCAUCUUCGGCAUCCAUAAUUCAGUCGGAAUCCUCUACUCUAUGCUGUUAGAAGAGGAAAAAGAAAAAAAUCGCCAAGUGGAGUUCCAAGCAGCCUGGGUAGGGGCCCUGGCGAUGGGUAUGAUCUUCUUCUGUUCUCCUAUUGUGAGUAUAUUCACUGACCGUUUGGGCUGUCGCAUCACAGCAACUGCCGGGGCUGCCGUUGCUUUCAUCGGCCUCCACACCAGCUCCUUCACCAGCUCCCUAAGCCUGCGCUACUUCACCUAUGGGAUUCUCUUUGGUUGUGGCUGUUCCUUCGCCUUUCAACCAUCCCUCGUCAUCCUCGGACACUACUUCCAACGCCGCCUGGGUCUGGCCAAUGGUGUGGUGUCUGCUGGCAGUAGCGUCUUCUCCAUGUCCUUCCCCUUCCUCAUCAAAAUGCUGGGGGAUAAGAUCAAGCUGGCCCAAACCUUCCAGGUGCUGAGUACCUUCAUGUUUGUUCUUAUGCUGCUUUCACUCACCUACCGGCCCCUCCUGCCCAGCUCUCAAGACACCCCAAGCAAGAGAGGUGUCCGUACUCUGCAACAACGCUUUCUGGCUCAGCUCAGGAAGUACUUCAACAUGCGAGUGUUCCGCCAACGCACCUACCGCAUCUGGGCCUUCGGCAUUGCUGCUGCUGCCCUGGGUUACUUCGUUCCCUAUGUACACCUGAUGAAGUAUGUAGAAGAAGAGUUCUUGGAAAUCAAGGAGACCUGGGUGCUGUUGGUGUGUAUAGGGGCUACCUCAGGCCUUGGGCGUCUUGUGUCUGGCCAUGUCAGUGACUCCAUUCCUGGACUAAAGAAGAUCUACUUGCAGGUUCUCUCAUUCCUGCUCUUGGGCCUGAUGUCCAUGAUGAUUCCCCUAUGCCGGGACUUUGGAGGCCUCAUCAUUGUCUGUCUCUUCCUGGGCCUGUGUGAUGGUUUCUUCAUCACCAUCAUGGCCCCCAUUGCUUUUGAGCUGGUGGGUCCGAUGCAGGCCUCACAGGCCAUUGGCUACCUACUGGGCAUGAUGGCCCUGCCAAUGAUUGCUGGGCCUCCCAUUGCAGGCCUCCUUCGCAACUGCUUUGGUGACUACCAUGUGGCCUUCUACUUUGCCGGUGUGCCCCCCAUCAUUGGAGCUGUAAUCCUCUUUUUCGUCCCUCUGAUGCAUCAAAGGAUGUUCAAGAAAGAGCAGAGGGAUUCCAGCAAGGAUAAGAUGUUGGCCCAUGAGCCAGAUCCCAAUGGAGAGCUGCUGCCAGGCUCCCCUACCCCUGAGGAACCAAUUUAAUGUCUCUUUCCUGCCAUUGUGUGCUCUUCUUCAGCCCUUUCCCUUCAUCCCACCCUGCUCAGCAUUUACAUUUUUGCCACCAGCACACUUGUUCCCAAACCUGUGCACACAGCAUUUCAGCCACCUGACCAUCCCCUUGGAGCCAAAGCUCUAGGUGUUUCAAACUCAUUAACCAAAUUCUCCCUGUGAAUGCCUUUAAACUUGCCAGGGCCCUUAUCCUCCCCCUGCAUCUCCCCUCCCCACCCUGCCCCCACCUCCUGAGAAAGAUUGGGAUCACUCUCUGGCUUUGGGAUUCUCUCCAUAUACUUUCUAAUCCCCAGGGGGCGGAGGUAGAAUGAACCUCUGGCCCAAGCUUAUUAGUCACCCACUAAAGUCAACUGCCAAAGGUGCUACUAUAUCCCCAGGAGCCUAUUGGGGAGAACCAUGCCUCUGUAUGCUGAGGAAUUCGUUGCCAUUCAUCCUGGGGAGCCACUUGGGGAUGGGGAAAGAGGAAUCAAGAAGUCUUGUUUAGCCUCCCAUUCUUGAGGCCAGUGGCUUCCCAAGAGCAUCCCCACGAUAUGGUUGGUUAACAAUCUGCUUCUCUCUUCCUUGCCUUUUAUUUUUCCUCUACUGCUUCCUUUUCAUCCUCUUUCCCCUCUAUUUCUUUUUUUAUGACUGUCAUAGAUACAUAGGUGCUUGGAGAAAGGAAGAACCCAGAGCUUAGGCCAAUUAACCUCAUCUUGGCCCAAUCUACCCCUGACACUGGCAUUAAUUCCACUUAUCUCAGGCUGAGUCACAUCUCACUUUUUGGCUCAAACUGAUACAACCAUAGACUGGAAAAUUAGACUAUCACACAGGGAAGUGACCUCAACCCUCACAGAGUUCCAUUUUUCAUUCGCAGAUUUUUAUGGAUUUCCCAAGCCAAUGCAUAAAUCAGGAGGCCUCAGCUCCC